CCGCCCACGCCAGCAGGCCAGUGUUCUUGGAUGCUCUGGCAGCUCUGGCAGCUCUGGACUAGUGCGAUCGGUGUUCAGGACGAAAGCAGACAAAGACACAUCACGGUUAUUUCAUUGUCACUAUGUUUUACGCGUACGUGAUUUACCUUGAUGGCGCAAAGGCUAUCGUAAGCGUAAACUGCAUUAAGAAAUUCAAGCCAGCGAGUGUGGAGGAUUUCGACCCCGACGCUCUGAAGAGCGUGUAUUGGAAGGCCACUGGAGCGUGCGCCGGGGAAGGCUACUACAAAGCUAAAAUCCAGAUGCUUUGCGAGACACGGGACGACCAGAUAGCAGCCCUUAAGAAGAAGCACAUGGCGAUCCCCAUGAUUCUGAAUUCCAAGUUCGGGAUUGAAAUGUCGCCGCCCUCUGCGGUGGGCAGCGAGGGUGAAAGCAAGAAGAGGAAGACAGAGGACGGGACGUCCGGUGUAUCGCUCGUGGACCACGCCCGACUCGUGGAGAAACUAAAGACAGCCAAGCAGAGGGGUGUGAACCUGGAGCAGGAGCUCCAGAUUGAGAGGGCAUUGUCACGAAGACUGCAGGAGCAGCUGCUGGCACUGCUGGGGGAGAAUGCCCCUCCUGGCGGUGUUGGGCCAGCUCCUCCUGCUUGCCGAGCAGCAGUUCCUGCUGCCGGUGCUCCUGCUCCAGUUCACAUGCGAGCUGGUGUGGCUCAUGCUCCACCCAUGCCGGCCGCUGAUGUUGCUGCUCCAGCAGCGGACCAUGUGGCAGGCCCACCGGAGGCACCUCCCCAGUGUGUAGCAGUGCUUGGAGAGGUCAAUGGCGAGGUUCACCUUGGCCAUGGUGUUCAAGUGGAAAAGGAGAAGCUUUCAUACAUCAUGGGAGCCCGGGGGGACUCCAUGUUCAUCAAGGAGGCGACCAAGCUGGUCUUCGGCCGGGAAAACCUGAAUGGCCGAAGUACGACUGGGGUGCCAUGCCGGCGCUUUAAGGGCGCCGUGGCCAAGAGGGCGCUGACACCGGCCAAGUUGGGAGCAGUCCGGAAUGCCUUCAACGAGUACAUCCGGAGACAUCCUCGGGAGACAUCUCCGGGGAAGAGGGCAGCCCAGAUGAACCACUAUGUGCGGGAGCUGCUGCAGGAUAUUAACAAGAAGGUUGACUUCUAGGCUUGCUUAGAGGUCAAGCUUCUUGUUGAUUUUCUGCAGUAUGCCAAUUUGCUUUGAUCAUGACUUGCAGCGCGACUGCAGUGCUUGUCCUGUAUUAUCUCCUCUGUUUGUCCUUGUCCGAGUCGCGCUGUAAGCCAUGAUGAACUCUUGUCAACUCGUCCAAUUGUCUAUUUCGCUUUCCUUGAAUAUACAUAUAACCUGAAA